AUGUCCACACAAAAACUAUUACCAUUAACUUCAUCAUCUUCAAAUAAAUCAUCAACUCCAAUAGCUUUCAAUUUAACAAUUUCAAAAGAAUUACAAAAAAUUAUAUCAAAUUCAAAUAUUAAAUUGAAAAUUAUAGUUAAUAAUGGUGAAUUAAAAUUAAAAUUAAAUGAUGAUCAAUUAAUUUAUCUUAAUCAAUUAAAAGAACAAAGUAAAACUCAUAUAUAUAAACAAUUUUCUUCAUCAACUUUUAAAAACAUUGGAAUUAUACAUUCAAGAUUAAAUCCUGUUAUAAAUCAAGAAGUACCUAUUAAAAAUGAAAUUGUGGAAACUAAAUCAACAAAACCAUCACCACCACCAUCAAAUUCAACACAUGGCUCAAAUCAUCAAAGGAAUAGAUCAAAUGGUUCAAAUACAGUAUCAUCAUCCACAACAACUUCUACUUCAACUACCAUCAAAAGUUCAAAUUUAAUAUCCAAAAAAUUAAUUUAUUAUUUAUCAUUAGGUCCAAUAACAAUUGAUGAAUUACAUCAAAAGACAAAAUUCUCCAUAUCUGAUAUAGAAUCAAACCUAAGAUCAAUAUCAAUGAUAUAUACACCAAGAUUACCAAAUCAAUACAUAAUAAAAGAAUACCCCAAGACACCAAAGCAAUUUAAUGAACAAGAUCGUUAUUUUGUAUUAAAUUAUGGAAAUUAUAAAGAAUUAAAACCUGGGAAUUAUCAAGAUGAAGAUUUAAAAUUAAUUCAAAAAAAUUGUAAAUUAGUUUUUGAUUAUCUGAAAUAUCCAUCAAAUCAUCCUGCAAGGUUAUUAAUGAUACCAGGUGUUAAAGAAAUUCCAAAAGAACCAAAAGCUAUUAGAAAAUUAACAAAAGAUGUACCAAGAGAAGAACCUAAACCAUUGAAAAGAUUUAACAAACCUGAAAUACCACAAAAAAGACAACGAUCAAAUUCUCCAACAACAUCAGAAGAUGAAGAAUAUUAUAAAAAUUUAGCACAACGUUUCAAAUCCAAGUAUAAAGAAUAUAAAAAAUUAUAUAAAACAAUUGAAAUCUUGAAAAAAUCAAAAGGAGGUAAUGUUGAUAAAGAAUUAAAAAGAUUAGUUGAAUUACAUAAAGAUUUAGAAUUAUGGAAAAAACAAUUAUGGAAAAGUGUUCAACAAUGA